AUGGAUUUGGAAAGUCGCAUCAAGGCAUAUCGGUUCGUGGCCUAUUCCGCAGUCACGUUCUCCGUGGUUGCCGUAUUAUCCGUUUGCGUGACCUUACCUAUGGUUUAUAACUACGUCCAUCAUGUACGCCGUCAAAUGCACAAUGAAAUAACAUUUUGCAGGGGGUCAGCGAAAGAUAUCUGGGCAGAAGUACAUGAGCUAAAGAACAUUCCUUUUACGAAGAAUCGUACAAGUCGUCAAGCUGGUUAUGGAGGCGGUGAUAUUGGUGUCAGCGGUGGUCAGACAACGCAAGGAGGUGCUUGCGAUGCAUGCUGCUUACCAGGAGCAGUGGGACCGCAGGGUCCACCUGGCAAACCCGGUAAACCAGGCAAACCUGGAGCUCCAGGCUUACCCGGUAAUCCUGGCAAACCACCGAGUCGGCCUUGUGAACAGGUCACACCACCACCGUGCAAGCCAUGUCCACCAGGACCACCUGGACCACCUGGACCUCCUGGACCACCUGGAGAUGCCGGUGAACCAGGGGCGCCAGGUCGACCUGGAGCAGAUGCACCACCAGGUGAACCUGGACCGAAAGGACCGCCAGGACAAGUUGGAGAACCUGGACCACAAGGACCACCAGGAGAUCCCGGUGCACCUGCCCCAAGCGAACCUCUUAUUCCUGGAGAACCUGGGCCUCCCGGAGAACCAGGAGUACCAGGACCACCCGGACCACCAGGCCGAUCAGGCAGUGAUGGUGCACCAGGUCCAGCUGGACCAAAGGGACCACAAGGUCCAGAUGGCCAACCGGGAGCAGACGGUGCACCAGGACAACCGGGACCACCAGGACCACCAGGAAGCCCGGGUGAAAGAGGAAUCUGUCCAAAGUAUUGUGCCAUUGAUGGUGGUGUAUUUUUCGAAGACGGUACUCGUCGUUAA